GUUUGAAGUGUUCAAUUUUCAUCAUACGAGUUUGACAAGUUCUGGAUAUUAUGGGGUCAAUGUGUAUUUAAGUAAAGAGAGCUCAGAACCCAGGAACACAGGAACCCACGUCAGCAUCAUUGACAAGAGCACCAAGAAGACGCUUGGGAGACGCACGGCGUGGUUGAGAGUCUUCGGUUUCUACAUCUUCUUUCUCUGUUUCUUUUUCUGUUUGUACGUCUGAAUCGUCUGAAUGUAGUGACCGUACAAAAACGCACAAACUCGUUGCUAGACUUCCACGUUGGAGAGGGAACCUUACGAUGUGGAAAGUGACAUUUUGACGCAAUCGCCAGGUCCCGAACUGAAGAUCUUAGUUGAUGUUUGUUAUCAGACUGAGUUUAUGAGUUUAUGUGUGUAGGAUUCAAGCUCCGACGUUACACACAUUCCUUCCUUAUUUAGUUAAUGCAAGUGUUCUCUCGCUUGGUGGUGUCAAAUCACACUUCAGUCUAGAGUGCCAUGUCGCCUAGAAAGAACGGAAAGAAAGGCGCUUCUUCGCCUGUGCCUCCUAAGAACGGUGUCGAGACAUCCCAAGAUGCCACGCCCGACCGCCCCACCACGCCCAGUUUGAGCGAUGCGAAGCUUCAAUUGUGUGAACCCGCGCCCUUUGAUGAUGAGGAAAGGGCUCAAGCUGAGCGCGAUCUCUGCGACUAUAACAUCAAAAUCACGAUCAAGAUGGCCCAGGAUGGGACGGCACCGCGGAAAAUCCGAGUCUACGCUGACGGAAUCUACGACCUGUUUCAUCAAGGACACGCCCGACAACUACUCCAAGUGAAGAGAUUGUUUCCACAAUCGUCCGUGUAUCUGUUGGUGGGCUGUUGCAAUGACAAACUCACUCGGGAGCGAAAAGGCGAGACGGUCAUGGAUGAAAACGAACGCUACGAGGCCAUCAGACAUUGCCGUUAUGUCGAUGAGGUGGUGAAAAACGCCCCUUGGUCUUUGGAUGACGAGUACCUGACCAAGCACAAGAUCGACUUCGUGGCUCACGACGAGCUUCCCUACACCACAGGGUCAGGCGUGGACGUGUACAAGGACCUAAAGGAAAAGGGAAUGUUUGUCGCCACUCAAAGAACUGAGGGUGUGUCCACGUCUGAUAUCGUGACCCGAAUCGUGCGCAAUUAUGACCAAUUCGUGAAGCGAAAUCUGGCUCGUGGAUAUUCAACCAAGGACCUCAAUGUGUCCUUCAUCCGAGGCAAAAAGCUCCAGUUUCAGAAUAAGGUGGAAGCCAUGAGUAGUCAAACGAAGAGCUACAUCGAAAAAAAGCGGGAUCAAAUCCAACAUACUUGGGAGGACAAAAGCAAAGAGUUGCUCGGGUCUUUUUUGAAAAUCUUCGGGGGCAACGACUGGCACCUUGAUAAUUUGUGGAAUCGAAGCAAACGGCGCCUUGCCCAAGUUCUUUAUUCUCCUGAAAACAGUGAGGAUGAAGAUGACGAUGAAGAUGACGAAAUUCUGGGUGCGCCUUCCACGAGCAAUGCGGCUCUGACCCGCUCUAAGAGGCGAUCUUCAACCUUGAUGAGAUCCCCACCCAAGAAGGCCAGGCAUUCAUAACCAGAACUCUCUGCCAACUAUACAUCACAGAUGUAAUAGAACACCACCAAACAACGCCAUUUACGUUUGUUUCCCCGUCAUUUGAUAUCAAAAUAUUGCCAGCCUUGAUGUUCAAUGGUCAAAUUCUUUAUGACAAUAGGAUAUUUCAUAAAUUCUGAACAACAAUUGGUGCUCCUCUACCAAACCAAAUUUGCUUCUUAAUUUACAUUAGAGCAAGGCUAAUCCAUUGUGUCUUCCUGGAACAAAAUCAGAGUUAACUGAUCAAUAAAGACUUUUGUUUCUAGAA